AUGCGCACGAAUCUCCAGCAAACACUACUCCUCCGCUUGUUGCUAGUGUGCACCAUUCUCACCUUACGUACGCCGGUUGCGCAACCUCCUAACGUGCGCAUCCCUAACCAAUCCAUCGAAUCUAAUAGCACCACUAUCGUUUAUCAUCACCACCACAAAGCUCAGAUCUCAGAUUCCAAUCCCAACGAAAUGUCCAAAGCUCGCGUCUACACCGAUGUCAAUGUUAUUCGCCCCAAAGAGUAUUGGGAUUAUGAAUCUCUCACUGUUCAAUGGGGUGAUCAAGAUGAUUACGAGGUUGUAAGGAAAGUGGGAAGGGGGAAAUAUAGUGAGGUGUUUGAAGGCGUGAAUGUGAACAGCAAUGAGCGAUGUGUUAUCAAGAUUCUCAAGCCUGUCAAGAAAAAGAAGAUUAAAAGAGAGAUAAAAAUACUUCAGAACCUUUGUGGGGGCCCAAAUAUUGUCAAGCUUCUUGACAUUGUCAGAGAUCAGCACUCUAAAACUCCAAGCUUAAUAUUUGAGUAUGUCAACAGUACAGACUUUAAAGUUUUGUAUCCAACCUUGACUGAUUAUGACAUACGCUAUUACAUAUAUGAGCUUCUUAAGGCUUUGGAUUACUGCCAUUCUCAAGGCAUAAUGCAUAGAGAUGUCAAACCACACAAUGUUAUGAUAGAUCAUGAAUUGCGAAAACUCCGCUUGAUAGAUUGGGGUCUUGCUGAAUUUUAUCAUCCUGGAAAGGAAUAUAAUGUCCGUGUGGCUUCAAGAUACUUUAAGGGUCCUGAACUUCUAGUUGAUUUGCAAGACUAUGAUUACUCAUUGGACAUGUGGAGCCUUGGUUGCAUGUUUGCUGGAAUGAUUUUUCGGAAGGAACCGUUCUUUUAUGGUCAUGAUAACCAUGACCAGCUUGUGAAAAUAGCUAAGGUGCUUGGGACUGAUGAACUGAGUGCAUAUCUGAAUAAGUAUCAUCUUGAGCUAGAUCCUCAACUUGAUGCACUGGUUGGAAGGCACAGUCGCAAACCUUGGUCUAAAUUUAUCAAUGCGGACAAUCAGCAUCUUGUAUCUCCAGAGGCAAUCGAUUUUCUUGAUAAGCUCCUUCGUUAUGACCACCAGGACAGGCUAACAGCAAGAGAAGCAAUGGCACAUCCCUAUUUCUCUCAGGUAAGGGCAGCAGAAAGUAGCAGAAUGAGGACAUAG